AUGUUGUACUUCUUGUUUUUUUAUCUUUUCAUUCCAAGCAUUAGUCAAAUCUGUGAUGAGAAUGGACUGAAUAAUUUAAUGAAUAAUCGAUAUUACUGUGUACCAUCACGUAGACGAUGUUAUGCUUUCAAUUUUUGUGAUCCAAAAAGACCAUCAGUAGAAUCUUACUUCUCUGUUUUAGCUGCAUGUCAUAAAGAGUGUCAGUAUGGAGAGCUGGAAACGUUUUCGCAAGCUGAAUGUCCAAUGUUUUAUUCUGAGCAAACAGUUCGAGGUCAAAACUACUCCAUUACAAUCAGAGGAAGUAACUGUUCUCAUUCAUUCUGUGAUUAUGGCGAGUGUUACUCGAAUGAGCAAGAAGCUGUUUGUUGCGAAAAUUAUUUGAAUAAACUGAUUAGCUAG